AUAUAUAAGGUUUUUGAAACGAUUUAAAUUAAUAAAUGAUAUAAAUAAUAACUUAUUUAUUUAUAAAUCGUCGAGAAAAAACAUCAUAUUUUUUAAAAUUGCCACGUGACCGAAAACAUCUAUGAUUGGCCGCAUCUGCCAUGACGUCACAUAUGCGUAAAUAAUUACUUGCUCUGUGGUAACUAUCAAGUGAUCCCAAUUCCCAACGUUUACUCACGUCGUUGCUUAAAAUUAAAUUUCGCUUUUGGUUUUGUUUCUUGGUGUCUGUAAUCAGUUUUGUUCUUUGUGUUACCUAUUUUGUUUGUCAUGGAACCUAAUUUCGAAAAAGCAGACAGUAGAAAUCUACCUAAAGUGGACGCUAUAAUGGUUGGCAUGUUUUUUAAAAACAACCCAGAUUUUUACGCUCCUGAAUUGAGAAAUGUGAAAACAGCUACGGCUGCAAGAGAAUCAUAUGGAGAUGAUGCAAUUGGAUAUGUCCAACUGCGUCGUGAAUCUGACCUUUGCACAGUUAAAUGCAAAAUCUGCCCAGAGCAUAAGGUGAAGGCCAGUUCCUACAAAGUAGUGAUGAUAGUGGAUGAGAAAAAAAAUGAAAUUAUAAGCUGUCAGUGCACGGACUGUGCUGCUUCAGCUGGUGGUUGUAAGCAUGCAGUAGCAUUUUUAAUGUGGACCCAUCGUAGAAGUGAAGAACCUUCUUGCACUGAGGUUGAGUGCUAUUGGAAGAAAAGUACUCUUUCAAGAGUAGGCACAAGUGUGAAGUUCAUAACAUUAGACAAGAUGAGCAAAAAACAAGCUUCUCGUUAUGAAGAAAGUAAAGAUUUGCUAACGGAAUUCCUUCAUGAAGCUAAAAAGAGAAAAAUAACUAACUGUGAACUUCAGAAAUAUCAACAUGAUUUCAGGCAUGGUGAUAUGAUGCAGUUUUCUAUGCAUCAUUUUCUGAUGCAAACUUCUGGGGAUGUUAAAAAUAAUGUUACCAAGUUACUUGAAUCAUUAGCAGAGCAGCUAGAUGAAAAGAUUGUGACUUCAAUAGAAGUAGCAACUAAGAGCCAGUAUAAAAGUCCUCUCUGGUAUGAGAUGAGAUACAGUCGUAUUACAGCUUCCAAAGCUUUUGAAGCCAGUCGCUGCCAAACAGCUGAUGGAUCUUUAGUAGCUGCAGUUAUGGGGGCCAAAACGCCUGAUACUGCUGCAAUGAAAAGAGGCCGAGAGCUAGAAUUAUCGGUCAUAAAAAUUGUGCAAAACAAACUGAAGAAGAAAUUCAAGCCCUGUGGUGUGUUUCUGUCUACAAAAUACCCCAUGGUUGCAGCUACUCCAGAUGGAAUAAGUAAAGAUGCAGUUGUUGAAGUAAAAUGUCCAACUAGUGAGGAAACGAAACUUAACUACCUCAAAGAAGGACAAGUGAUGCAAAAGUAUUUCGCUCAAGUACAGAUACAAAUGUAUGUGACAAAUAAGAAGAAAGGUUACUUUUGUGUGGCUCAUCCUGAUUUUGAACAAUCAAAAAAAGUAGAUAUAGUUCUAAUAAAUUAUGAUGAUGAAUAUGUUAAUGACUUGUUGCAGAAUGUGGAAACCUUUUGGAAAGUUAAUAUUUAUCCCAUUCUAGUACGUAGCACUUCAUAUUAAUAGGCUAUUUAAAUUAUUAAAAUGUUGUUAAUUAAAAGUAUAAAUUAUU